GCCGUGCUCAAGAAGAGGAGACAAAUAUCACGUAUGAAGUGAAAACAGACGGACUUCAUGACCUCCUGAUCACCACAAAAGAUAGGCUGAUUCCGUCCUCGAGGGCCAUUGCCACUCGGCAGACGUUCCUGCUUGUCCGUCCGUGGGAUCGUUACCUCCUCGAGCUGUCCUGACUCUAGAGAUGACACACAGAGCGUGGAGGAGUCUCCUGCAGAAGUUUAUUCGGAGUCUCACCCACGAGCAUCGCGAUUGAUCGAUCGCAUGCGACAACCUUUCGGAGCAUUCAUUGAUUCACUCGGUCGAUCUUCUGGAAACAGGGGGCCAGUUGAUUCGGAGUCUCACUUCCAAGCGUUGCGAUUGAUUUCUUGCCUCGGACAGCCUUUCCACGCAUUUUUGCUAGCGCAGCAGCAUGGCGGAGAAUACAAGAGGAUCGCAACGGAUUGCAAUAUCAUUGCACAAGUCAAGGACAUGGCUUCUGUUCGCAACAUGAUAGAUGGAGUGAGGACGGUAGAGAUAUUGUAGCUGCUUUUUUUUUAUUAAGAACCAACAACUUUCAGGAGUUUUCAUUAUUGACAAUGACUUGCAUACAC